AUGCAAUCAUACAAGAAAAUUAUUACAGAACUCUAUGGAGAGUAUUUUCAUAAAUCAUUUAAACGACUUGACCGGCUUUCACAACAACGCUCAAGAUUAAUCAACAACUUAACCUUCCUGAAAAGGUGUCGAGACAACGAAGUUGUUCCGAAAGGUUUGCGUAUGUUUAAUUGUUUCCAUACUAAGCAUGCAGGCAAAAUCUUGAAGAAAGCCGAGUUGGCACUGUUACGAGAAAGAAUUGCUUGGACGCGUAAACAACUAAGCGGAGUGGAUGACAACAUCGCUACUCUUACAGAAGAACUUUGGUUAACUUUUGAGAAACAUUUUGCUGUUGCAAAAAGAAUGAUAGAUGCUUCUUUUACGCGUACCUUUAAUAAAGCUCGCUCAACACAGAUCGCCAAAUACACAAGAUUGACGUCCGAAAGAUCAAAAGAUAAAAGAAGACAAGAAGAUUUGGCUGUUGACACUCUAAGACGCACUGUUGUUAACCAAAGUGCGCGAAAACUUAUGCCGGUUGAAGAAGAAGUCUUGGCAUUGGGUUUAAAUUUCGCUGUUGUACCACACAAGAUUCCUAAAGAAGAAAUCGUUCAACAUCUGGAACCAAAGUUGAAUCAUCUCAGAGAUGAUAUAGCAUCCAACAUUCGUGUUAAAGUAACUGAGGUCUUGCGACGUACAACUUUACCCAAGUCUAAUCUGUGA